AUGACAACGCCGAAAUUGACGGAGCAGCGCGCUGCUAUUAAAUUCUGUGUUAAACUGAAUAAAACGCCCUCGGAAACCAUGAGUAUGUUGUCAGAUGCCAAUUUGAAACCGCCGGUAUGUAGGGCACUUGUGUAUAAGUGGCACAAACGUUUUCGAGAAGGAAGGGAAUCAUUCGAGGACGAUUCCGGAAGAGAACGGCCAAAACUUGUGUCUUCUGCAAUGAUUCAACGAGUGAACGACGUCGUGGAUGAAGACAGGCGAAUCACUAUAGGGGAAAUAUGUGAUAGAAUUCAUGUGAGUUACGGAACUAUACAAACAAUAUUAACUGAGAAACUCUGUAUGCACCGUAUAUGUGCCCGUUGGAUACCUCGUUUACUAUCUGCUGGUGACAAAAGCCGUCGUGUUGUGGCAUCCAGGGAAUUUCUGCGCCGUUACAACAACCAAGGCGAAGCGUUCUUGAAAAGAAUCAUCACGACAGAAGAAAACUGGCUGUUCUUUUAUGACCCGGAAAGUAAACAACAAUCGUCCCAGUAG